CUUGGUGAUUGAACCAACAAGUGCAGAAGAAAACUCAUCCAUCGGCUUGGUGAUUGAACCAACAAGUGCAGAAGAAAACUCAUCCAUCGGCUUGGUGAUUGAACCAAAGAGUGCAGAAGAAAACUCAUCCAUCGGCUUGGUGAUUGAACCAAAGAGUGCAGACAAAAACUCAUCCAUCGGCUUGGUGAUAGAACCAACGAGUGCAGAAGAAAACUCAUCCAUCGGAUUGGUGAUUGAACCAACGCGUGCAGAAGGCAAUACAUGCGUCAGCACGAAUCUGCACUUUGAAGGUUCGUAUAUAUUGCGUCCAGUUACUCACUGUGGUGGUGUGGAUUUGGAUAGUAAAGAAAUAAUAAUUUGUGUAAAAAAGUAAUUAUCCUGUUUAUUGUAUGUUAUUUUGUAGGUAGCUGCGCUAUGUUGUUUAUUUGUAAUCUUUCAUUACGGAUGGAAAUAUACAUUAACAUGUUUUGUAAUGCGAUUUUUCUAGCGCUGCGCAGAAUUAGUCAUGUCAGGCCUCUUGUAACAUGUGUUGCAUCAAAGAGGCUGAUGUCUGCAUUCGUGCUAUCACGCAUGAAAUACUGCAAUGCUCGCAUGGUGGGUCUUCUGGAUAGAAUUCAAGAAGCACAGAAUAAUUCGGCUCGCAUUGUUCUGCGCAAACGCAAAUUUGACGACGUCAAAACACUUCCGAGAGAGCUGCAUUGGCCGCCGGUCCGUUGUCGCAUCGAGUACAAAACUGCAACUCGGUGCUUCCGCUGCUUGCGUGACCUGGCGCCGUCCUAUCUCAAAGCGCUCAAGACGCCUUAUGUACCCACUAGAUCGCUCUGUUCAUGUGAUAGUGGCUAACUCUGAAUACCGCGUGUCCACCUUGAGACCUACGGAUGGCGCACUUUCACUUUUGAUGGCCCAAGAAUCUGGAAGGCCUUGCUGUCGCUCUCAGAACAGCCAGACACUGCAUUCUUUCAAAACUGAGUUGAAAACACAUCUUUACCGCACUACCUGCUGAGGUGAUGUAGUCUACCUCCUUGCUUCCAAGGAGCUUGCUCAUAUUCCUCGAUGUUCAUUACCUUGUAUUGUCAACUGGCUUGUAUGUAGAUUUUGUAUUGUUGCGUUUUGUAUUUUAUUGCGCCUCAAGCCUUAAUUAGGUAUGAAGUGGAUUGAAAUAAGCUUUAUUAUUAUUACUAUUUUUAUUAUCAUUAUUAUUAUUAUUAAGCAUUACUUUCAUCCAUCAAAACUAAAGAAAGGAGACCAUAGGUAGCUGAAUUAUUAUUCUAAUCUAAUUCUUAGAUUUUUUGUAAUCAGAAAAAAGGUCUUCACGUGUCUUAACAUGUAAAUUCAAAAUUUUAAAUUUUAUUUGAGUAAUUUUCUCUAAUAGGUAAUUCUGGCAACAGUUGUUAAAAAUUGGCAAAAUGGUUUUCUACCCAUCACGAAAACAUAGGAUUCAAAUCUUUAAAAUAAGAAUUAUUUGCCUCAAGAAUUCAGCUUUUUGUUGUUACGGUUUUCGAUAUAGUUUUGGGUAAAAUCACCACUAACCACCAUAUUUUAAGAUACCGAUUUUAAUUAUUUGACCACAAGUGUGGGUAUUUUAUAUUAAUAUAUAUUUGUGGGUAUAUACAUACAUAUAUUAUAUGUAAAUUAAUUAAUUUAAAUAAAUAUAUAUAUAUUUAUAUAUUCAAGAAAUCCGUAACAAGGACUCCGCUCAACUACAGACCGUCAAGCCCAAGCCUCAGAUUAUUAUCAAGAAAGAUGGGUUCCUGUUCCAAACCAGCUUAAAUGCGCAGGAAUCAAUGAGUGACCACCAACAUAUGCAAGCCUCGGUAAGCCGUUUUCGGAGUUUUCCGAUGACCCACCAAAAAGAUGAGCAGCACGUAAAGAAUCCAGUUUUUAGCGUACAUGCAUCUAGAGAAAAUUCACGAAUCAUCCCUAAAGAUAGAUUUGAUGAGCCCAAACUUAAGGGGAACGACAAAGAAGAAAAUAACACUCAACUCAGCAGGAACACGGCAAGAAAUGGUCAAAAGGAAGAUUUAGAAAACAUUGUUGCAAAAACCUCAAUCAAGAAUAAUGAAGUCCUCACCAGUUCUAGCUUGGAGAGCGCAGCAGUUGAUCCAAGAGAAGACACUUCACUAAAGUUGUGUGUGGAAGAGUCACCUGACCCUACCCGCAGUGAAAAUGUUCUGGAAACUCAUAUUGAUGAUAGUAAGUAUGCAGAAGGUUGGUGACUCAUCCCUAUGUCCAUUUGGCCUUUAUUUGUGUUAAAUUUAUGCAGACUGAACAAGAAUAAAAUUGUAACCUAAAAACACCAUUAUCUAUUAAAUUCAUCAACGUGACAUCUUCCGUCAGAAUACAUCCAUCCAAACAGAAUGUUUUCACAUCACUGUUAAUUUCAUUGUUUAUAUGUAUGAUAAAAAAAUCAUGUUACGUCAUAUAUGAUAUUUUACCCCCCCCCCCACACAGCCACAUUUCACAAAAAUUCACACUCUCUUAGACCUCACUCCCCCAAGGCUGACUCACUUAUGGUUAGCCCCUAAUAUUGUCAAAAUGGAAGGACAACAAUCUCCAAAUAGAUGUUUAAAAACACAAUUUUUAGUUUUCUAAAAUUGGUUUGAAAUGAAACUAACGAUAAAAUAAGUCGUUUUUUAAAAAAAUGUAUACUACAUAGUCGUGUAGGUCUUAACUUUUUAGAUCCUACAUAUUAACUUUGCUUUUAUUUGUGGCUUGCUGGGAUGCAAGAUCUUCCGACGGCUAAUUGACCGACUUCCUGUCGACUAAUCGAGCUGAAACUUGGCACACAGACUUGAUGCCAAUGACAGCACAUUCUUUGCAAGUUUCAGCUUCACCCACCACAGCCAACCCCAAAAAUCAGUUUUUACUGUUUUUCAAGGAAAACAUGAAGGAAUAUUCCCUACAACUGCGCCUAAUGGGAUUCUUUAAAAAAAAAUAUAUCGCAAUUGCGUUUGGUGCGUAAUACUUCCUUUUGCUUUUCUGAAAAAGUUGUUGAAAUAAAUCUGCGAUGUAGAAGCAGGUGGGUCAUUGGAAUAUUAUUAAAGUUCAGGGGCGUGGAAAACAAAAGAAUGAUUGAGAGACUUGGGAAGGGUGGAGCACUAAUUGGGAUUCUUAUAAAUUGAGAUACUUGUAUGCAUGUUUAUUAAAAAUUUCAGCCCCCCCCCCACCCCCAAUGGCUCGAUGUUACAAUUUAAGUGGAAAACAAAAGAAUGAUUGAGAGACUUGGGAAGAGUGGAUCACUAAUUGGGAUUCUUUCAAAUUGAGAUACUUGUAUGCAUGUUUAUUAAAAAUUUCAACCCCCCCCCCACCCCCAAUGGCUCGAUGUUACAAUUUAUAAAGGAUGUAUACGAAAAACUUUGGUUGGGGUACUUAAAGCAAUCCAUCUAUCAUAAAAAUAGAUUGAGUUGCCCAAAAAUAAGUGAUACAAGACGCUAAUUGUUAUGUGUUGGAAUAAAUAGUUUACAUUAGGUCAGUGGCGUACAAAGGGGCGGAACAUUCUCUUCGCUCGAGGGAGGCACCAUUUUUCUUUUAUUUUUAAGGAUUUUCAAAUUCGGUUCACUGAAGUAAUUUUUCGUGGAAGCGGAGCUAAAAAAAUCUUCCCCAGGCGGCAUUAAACCUUGCUACGAAAUAAUUGUCUUGAUCGACUCACUUGAAAUAUCUUUUUUUUUUAUCUUUAUACUCUCUCGAAUCUACCGGAUGAAACAUAAACCAAUAACGUUAACAAUACUUGUUCAGACAUUCCUUGCAAAUUAAAGUAACCUUUAAUGCCUCUAAGUUUUAAAUAGCAUCAACAGCCAAUGUGUAACAUCACUCCUAUUGUGCAUGUAUUUUUGUGAUCUACAUUCGAAGAAAAAAGCUUUGCCAACAUUUCAUUUUGUUCCUUUCUAACGCGAAUAUUUUUUUAAAAAAUUUUUUUUCAGAUUCUGAAAUCAGAUUGAUGUCCGACUUUGUAACAAUGUCGGAACAUCAUUCAGAGUUGGAGCUUCUGAAUUCCUCAGUACUCCUCGGCUCGUCCAAUCACCAGAUUGCUGAGACAAAGGCGCUGUCAACAAGAGGAAAGUCCCAUUGCAGCUACGUCCCACCUUCGCCCAUCGAUACCAGAGAAGACUUUGUCUCAGUUCAUAAAAAAGAAACAGGAAAUCCAACAGGUGUUAACAUAUUUUACUAUUUUAAUUAACACCAUAAUAAUUGCACAUAUUUCUGAUUAAAACAUGUGUAUAUAUUUUUGCUGGAAAAAUAAUUAUAGAGGAGAGGCAAGAUAUGUGAUGCUACUGAAGCCAUCAACUAGAAGCAAACAGGGACGUCAUUUUGGUAGGGCAGAGGGCAUCUGCACCCCCCCCGCCAUUUAACUCUNCCCCCCAUUAACAGUUGUUUGUUUUUUUAAAUUGCUAUGUACUAUGGUGCCCCCAGUAAUAAACAAAUCAGCAAGCGGGCCAAAUUCAAGGAUGACCCUUCCCCCAUGCCUACCCCCCCCCCCCAUGAAAAAUACCGAAAUGUCGCCACUGUGAGUAAGGUGUACCCUUAUGCGGAUUCUCAUGUCGUUAUUUCCUCAAAAUAUUCACGAAGGGAUUUUUAUUUAAUACUAAACUUUUUCUUGUCUUCUUUUCUUAUAAUACGCAUAACACCACGAUGUUUCAUAAUGGAAUUGUUUGGAUCCUUCAAACCGAAAAUGAACGUCGGUAUCUGGUUGAUGUAACAUUUAAAAAAAAAUAUAUUAUAUUGGCUUCGCUUUAGUGUGUUUAGGGAAAAAUUUUCAGAAGGCUCCUUGACCCAUUUCCCGUCAAAUUAUCGAGCUGAAACUUGGCAGAAAGGCUUGUUUGUGGUGACAGCAGAUUCUGUCAAAUUUUCAUUACCAUCCCCGACCCCUAAAAAUCAGUUUUUCAAGGGAGAGAUGGAAGAAAUAUGAUGACACUAAUGUCAGGAAAUACAAUUCUCGAUAACUGCGCUAAAUGGCAUUCUUAAAAAAAAUAUAUCCCAAUUUCCUUUGGUGCUUAAAAAUAUUUUCUUUUGUUUUUUUCUGAAACAGUUGAUGAAAUAAAACUGGGGUGUAAAAGUGGGUGGAUCAAUGAAUAUUCGUUUAAAAAUAAAUAUAAAGGAUUUUUAGGAAAAACUUUGUUUUUUAUGGGAUGUUUAAUUACAUCUAAAGCAGAUGCAAAAAAAUUGAAACCGAAUUUAGUUGGAAACGUAGUGUACUUAAAUAAUUUUAACAAACUGCAUAUGAUCCAUUCGCCCUAAUGCAUGUGAUAGUAUUUCUGAUACUACUUAUAUACCGACUGACAAUACAUUGUCCAGGUUUUAAAUCGCUGCCGCAAUCAGAAUGGUUAUUUUCUGUUUUUUUUAAUGUUUUUAAUUAAAUAUUUUCAAGAAAAAAAUAAUCAAUUUGAUAAAGAAAAAUGUCCUUGUGUUUUGAUCAAUAAAAUAUUUUUAUUACUUAUACUUAUACCGUAUAUAUUAGGGUUGAAAUAAUAAUUACAUAAUCGAUGAACCUAUCUGCAUUUCAUCCUACAGGAAAACGGACACAGCCAUUGUCUUCCAUAAAAUCAAACAUUAGGAUAGGAAGUGUGGAUUACUUGACGAUGGGCGAGUCGCCGGUUGAAUGCCUCCAACAUUCAAAGCUGGCACAUAUUCAAGGGAGACGCAACGAUGUCACGAGGGUUGACCCUUUGUCUCUAAGCGCUUACCUGAUGGACAACAGGGUGUUUCUUCCAGAAAACACCAUCAGAGGUUCGAAUCAUACAUAAGUAUUUUUUUUUUAAUUUUUUUUUGUUAAAUAAAACAUAGACAUAUGCCCAGCAAGAGACUAGCUUCUUAAAGAAAAUCGGUUCAAGUAGUUGUUUCUAGAGGUACGCUAAUGGUGUGUAGAGUUGAAAAGAAAAUAGAUAUUAUACAGGCUCUUUUCGUCGCAUUGUUAUUUUAAGGAGACACAAGGUAUUUUAAUUUUUUUUUUUAAAUUUAAUAACAUGUGUAUGUAUAACUAUAAUUGUUGGUUAUUGUGGCAAAUCUGAAAAAAAACAAAAACAUCAUCCUAUUUGAAUUGAAAAAAAAAAUGUUUGUAAAAGUAAUUUGAUUCGCCUUUUAAGAAGUCAUUGUGAAAUUAUUCUUUUAAUUUCUUCUAGAAGCAGUACACAAUAAUAGCUAAUAAUAUAUAUGCUUGCAAUAUAAAACAUUUGUAGGCUUUAAAUAAAACAACAACAAUUAUCCUAUUGUGACAUAAAAAAAAGAUUUAAAAAAGACUUCUCUGUAAAAAAAACUUUUUUAACACAGCCUUUGGCCAACAAUCGCAAGAUUCUACAUUAAUUUCAUGAAACCAAAAAUUUGUUCAUCAUAUUACAAUAAAACGUCAUCUAAACAAAUAAUUAACAAACAGACUGAACAUGAUUUUUUUUUAAAAAUAAGUUAGCACACAAUGUUAAAUAUCAGAGAAUUGUUAUUUUUAUUAAUAUUUUUCAAACCUGCAUAUUUUGAAUCAGGUGACUCAGGAAAUGACCAAUCCUCACCAACACCGAUGGACACAUCAGCCCUUUCAACGACUGAGACACCAAUAACAAGGUAAAGAAUCUCUCUCUUUUUUUCUCUCUGUUUUUUAAAUUAUUUCCCGUUUAGAAGAAAAAAAUUGUCGAAAUGUUCGACAUUUUCAUAUGACGGCUGAGAAGAUUCUUUUACAAGCUCGAUCUUGUUGUGGCAGACAUUGAUGAGUGUUACGCACUGGCUUCUUUGGUAAAAAAUUAAUCUUCUAUUUUAAUUUUAUUGCUCGUUUAAACAGUGCCUAACGCAGGACGAUACCAUAGAGAAAUACAAUGACAAAAAUACGACACCCAAAACAGUUGCCAAUUACAAUUAGUAAGAUUUCAUUUAGUAAUAAUACAUUUACAAAACAAAAGAAAUAUAAUUACAAAUCAUCAACUUACAGAGUAUGGGAAAAUCUUGUACCGGUACACAAUUAGUACAAUGUGCCAAUUAAUAAUGAUGAAUGAAGAAUGCGAAUAAACACGCAUGAGCACACAAAGAAUAAUACACGUCUCGUGAAGUUAAAAAUAUCUAUCAAUCUCCGUCCCUCUUUGUGCCUGUCAAUCCCUUAUAUAUGUGGGUCUACCGAUGCGUCUAGAAACGCCCUUACUUUUCUAAUAUAAUCGAGAGCGUUCCAUAGAAUACUAUUAGACAUACUAACCAUGUUUAAUUGGAAGUCGGUGGUUAACACGACACACCAAACGAAUAGGCCACGCCCAUCUAUGAACGUAGCGUGUGCUAGGGGUCAAGCAAAGCUCACGCACGGGGAAAACGUGUCAUACAAAACAGUGAGCUCUUCGCGGAAGAGCCUAAAAUGAUGGUUUGCUUUGGGGUUUUUAGAGAAAAAAAACAACAACAUUAGUGUCAUGCGGUACGGCGUGAUGAAUAUAGUAAAAACUUUGAGAAAAUAUUCUGUAUUAAAUAUACAAGCAUUUUUUUUAUUUAAUUCGUGUAUGCUCCAUGUCGAUCUUUUUGACAGUCCGAAACAAGAUGAGCCAAUUCCAAAGUGGUUGGCCGACAUCAUCAGUGCUGUUGGUAGCAGUUCACCAGUGAACGCCUCCAAACCAGACACACCUCUGCAUUUGUGAGCGACUUUAUGACUUUUUUCAUAGUUUUAUCGUAUUUUCUGAUAAGAACCUUAUUCGUGUUAUAGAUACUUAUGUUUUAACUACUUAAGUUGUAUUUAUUAAUUCUAUUUUUUGGGGAAAAGGGAAAAAGGAGUGGGGUUAUUUCACGUGUUAAAUUGAAGAAUUCGUCCCUUUUUUCUUUGAUCAUUAUUAGGUUUGAUACGUAUUUUUCUUUUAAAAGGUCAAUAAGUACAAAAACAACAACAAAUUCAUUGUAAAAAUAAAAUUAGGGGAAAAAACCUUUAAAAAAAUAACUAUCAAUUAAACCUUGCUAUUAAAAUUUUAAAUUAUGAAGAAAACGUGAAGUUAUUGGAAAUAUUCACUAUCCUCAAGGUAAUAUCAGCUAUGGGCAUAAGAUUAACGUGAUCUCACGACAUAUUAGCGAAACAGAAUUAUUAUUAUUAUUUUUUUUUUUUUUAAAUAACGUACCAGAAAUAUUCACUACGAUGCCACUGUUCACAAUGUGACGAUACCGAGUACGCAGUACUGUGCCAUCAACAACAGUUCGAUUACCGCAUCAAACGAACCACCCGUUGCCGCCGCCAGCAAGAUUGGCUCGGAAACUAAAAGAGGUAUCGUUUUGGUAUUUACAAUGUCAGCUUAAAACGAUCGGAAGACUGUUUUUUUUUUCUUUCCAUCCAUUAAAAAAACCAAACCAUUUAAUGGAUACGUCAUAUUCCACACAAUGACUUACGUUAUAAAAUUUAACAGAUCAGUCUUAAACUGCCUAGGUGUAAAAAGAUUUGAUGUAAUUGGAUGAGUUUGUUUGAAAGUAUUGACAUUUUUUAUCGCUUGCAUUUGUUAUAUAUCCAUUUGUUAUAUAUCCAUUUGUUAUGUAUCCAUUUGUUAUGUAUUAAACUGUUAUGUAUCCAUUUUCUAAACAUCCAUUUGUUAUGUAUCCAUUAGUUAAAUAUCCAUUUGUGAUAUCUACAAUUGUUAUUUAUUCAUUUGUUAUGUAUUCAAAUUGUUAUUUAUUCAUUUGUUAUGUAUUCAUUUAUUUGUUAUCCAUCGAUUUGUUAAACACCUAUUAGUUAUAUAUCCAUUUGUUAUGUAUCAACUUGUUAUGUAUCCAUUUCUUUUAUAUCCAUUUGUUUUGUAUCCAUUUGUUUUAUAUCCAUUUGCUUUAUAUCCAUUUAUUGUGGGGUGGGGGAACUUGAGUUUUUAAAUUUUAAUUAUAUAUAUAUAUAUUUAUUUUAAAUUCCCAAAUUUUACCAGACGUCACUUCAGUGAGAGGCAGGAAAGAACCCCUCCCACCGGAGGAGGCCGCUCUGAUACUCAAACAUUACCAUUACCUGAAAAAUGAACUGGAUGCCACAGCCGUCGUGGAACACCUGUGUGCGGAGGGGAUAUUUGACUCAGACGACAAACGCGAUGUCCUUGCGCCCAGUUCAUCGAAGAGGAAAUCGCACGUCCUGCUGCAGAAGCUGCUGAACGCUGGCACGGGAGACGCCUUUGAUGUUUUUGUCGAAAUUGUUGAGGAAGUUCAGCCGUGCGUGUCGGACAAGUUGAAUGUUGCGUCAGGAGUCGCAGGGCGCACGAGAAGCAAGAAAAACUGUUGCGUGCAGUAAUGUGUUAAAUGGAACAUAAAAUGGAAUUGAAUUAUUGUUAAAUACUCUUGAUAGAUUUAUAAAUUUUUUGUACCGUUUUAGCUAAGAGGAAUCUACUUGAAACGGAAUUUUGUAUAAUUAUGACCAUUUAUUUAGAAUAUAAAAAUGUAAAGUUGUCAUUUGAUGCUUUAAUCAUUUCCACAAUAUGCGAGCGAAUUUUUCUACGAAAUUUUUUUUUUUUUAUAUUGUACGUUUAUCU